ACAGUACAAAAAAGACUAGAGAGAGCCAAAAAACAACUGGCCGUAAACUGGGGAGUCUUGUAUCUAGGACAUCUACCCCAUGGAUUCUACAAGGAUCAGCUCAAGGGAUAUUUUUCUCAGUUUGGGAAUGUAACUCAGCUGCAAAUCUCUAGAAAUAAAAAGACUGGAAGAUCCAAACAUUACAGUUUCUUGGAAUUUGAUUCAUUCUCAGUUGCUGAAAUUGUUGCGGAGACUAUGAAUAAUUACCUAGUCAUGGUACAUAUCCUCCAGUGCAAAGUCAUACCAAAGGACCAGAUUCAUCCGGAGUUAUGGGUAGGCGUGAAUAGGAAAUGGAGAGUUGUACCUAUGCAGCGUGUCGCACGAGUCAAGCAUAACAAAAUCGAACAGGCCAAAGCAACCAAACGUUUGCUCAGGCGACAGAACGAUAAAAAGAGCAAGCUGAAGAAACUCGGCAUAUCAUACAACUUUGAUGCUGUUGCAUAU